AAUAGUCGAGAUUUCAGAACAAAGAUGUCUGCGCCCAUGAAAACGACACACGAACGCGUUCUGAUCAUGAUUUAAUGUGAUAGCUGAGAAGCAUUAACUCAAACGACAAUCAAUUGAUAUAUGCCAUGGAAACUCACUAAGAAACAACCAAACUCAACUAUAUUUUGUAUCUUCUAAAUCAAUAAAUACUAAAAUGUCCGAUGACGAAUUGGAUCUUCCUGUCCCAAAGAGGUCGAAGGUGUUGCAUUAUGGAAGUUUGGAAGACCAGGAGAGACGUCGCCUUAACACUGAUGACACUUCAGGCUCCAUGGCUAGUGAUGCCAUCGAGGCAGGCAUUGAAGCUGGCAACAUCAACAUCACUGAAGGAGGACACUUUGACAUAGACGAGGCCGAGGCUGAGAGUCAGGCAGAGGUGUUGGCUCAGUUUGAGAAGAGGAAACGGGCUCGUCAGAUUCAGGUGUCGACAGAUGACUCAGAGGUUAAGGCCAACCUGCGACAGUUGGGAGAACCGAUAUGUCUGUUCGGCGAGGGUCCAGCUGAGAGGCGAGAGAGACUGCGCCAGUUGUUGGCUCGACUCGGAGAAGAUGCCGUCAAGAAGAAGAAGGAAGAAAAGUUGCAGGAACAGAGGAAGAAAGAAGAGGAGAAUAUCACGUGGUACCAUGAAGGUACGGACAGCUUAAAGGAUGCCCGGUACUGGCUGUCUGAUUACUCCAUACCAAGAGCGAAGGAAAGGGUUGGAAGAGAACGCUCACACAAACUGACUCCCACAGCACAGAAGAACGCACAGAUGCAAGAACUACAGAAAAGAAUUAGGUCCGUAACGAAUGACUGCAGUCAGAUCGGUGAUGACCGACCACUGUCAUACUGUCAGUUCAGCCCUGACUCACAGAUGCUUGCUGUCGCCUCAUGGUCUGGUUUGUGUAAACUGUGGUCCAUUCCAGACUGUCAGUUGGUCCGACAGUUGCGAGGUCACAACUGUCAUGUGGGUGCCAUUGUGUUCCACCCUGAUGCUACAAUCGGUCUUGACAAAAACGUGUGCUGUAUGGCGUCAUGUGGACAGGAUGGUUCCGUCAAGCUCUGGAACCUAGUCAGUGAUGAACCUAUUGCUGAUAUUGAAGGUCACGCACCGUUCAGAGUGUCGAAACUGGCCUACCACCCUUCAGGACGAUUCCUUGGGACAUGCUGUUUUGACAACUCCUGGCGGCUGUGGGACCUACAAGCCCAGGAGGAGAUCCUGCACCAGGAGGGCCACAGUAAGCCUGUGUACUCCAUCGCCUUCCAGAACGAUGGAGCACUCGCCGUCACAGGGGGGCUGGAUGCGUAUGGGCGAGUGUGGGACCUACGGACAGGUCGCUGUGUGAUGUUCAUGGAAGGCCACCUCAAGUCCAUCCUCUCUGUGGACUUCAGUCCUGACGGGUUCCAUGUGGCUACAGGAAGCGAGGACAACACAGCCAAGGUGUGGGACCUGCGGCAGCGCAAGUGUAACUACACCAUCCCCGCCCACACCAACCUCAUCUCCACCGUCAGGUUCCAACCUCAACAUGGGAACUACCUCCUCACAGCCUCCUAUGACAACACUGCCAAGAUAUGGGCCAGCCCCAACUGGGCCCCUCUCAAGACAAUGGCAGGCCACGAGGGAAAAGUGAUGGGCCUCGACGUCUCCCUCGACCUCAAGUACAUCGCCACGUGUUCCUAUGAUCGGACAUUUAAGCUGUGGGUGUCGGAGAUGCAGGGUGGUUUGUGAGAACACUUUCUGUGGAUGUGUCCAGAUGAUGGUCUCGGAUUCCACAAGUUGCGAAUGGUGAACAGAUGGUUUAUAUUACAUGCAUCUGGUACCAAAGUGCAUUAGCAAGAAAGCUUUGAAAACUUUGCGAGUUUCAGCUCUGAAAUAUUGUAAAAAAUCAGCAAGAUGUUAGCUUAUCAAGCUGUAUCAUGUUCCUAAAUUACUACCAAAUCAGGGGCAACUGGGUAGCCUAGUGGUUAAAGCUUUUGCUCAUCAUGCCAAAGGCCGGAUUAGAUUCCCCACAUGGGUACAAUGUGUGAAGGCCAUUUCUGGUGUUCCCUGCCGUGAUGGAAUAUUGCUAAAAGCGUCGUAAAACCAUACUCACCUAUCAAAUCAAGUAGAUAUACAGUGAAACUCUAAAGUACUGGGACUAUAAAAAUAUGUCGAGUUAUUUGCAGUUCCAGGAUUUUGAAGGUACAUCACAUUAAACAAUUUAUUGAAUUCAACAAACUUCAACUGUGCUAUUUUUAUAACUAUGUCUAUGCUGUAUGUUUGUUCCACCUGUGUAUCUUUCUGUAAGACCAGCUGACUUGUCAGUCAGGUAGACCAACCAUUAUAAGCCAACCAACCAUUUUAAGCCAACAAACCAUUAUAAGCCACCAUUGUGGAGGGGGAAAAUACCUUGAAGUUGUGAAUUACACUUUUGCCCAUGCAAAACCAACCGAAUGUUACUUUUGACAAGGUGUGCAGACCCGUUGGGAUUUUGGGUUAGAAUAUAGGUCACGAUCAUCUUAUGCUUGCGGUAGAGCCAUAUGACAUCGUGUGUAAAUCAUCAAGCUGGACCAGAUAAUCUAGUGAUUGACAUCAUGAACAUUGAUCAACGCAGUUGGGAUACAGUGACAUGCAUCAGCCAAGUCAUCGAGUCUGACCAUCUGAUCCAUCAAGUAUGUGACAAGCAUGGGUUGCUGGGGACCUAUAUUCUUACCCAGACAUUUGUAUGGCUCCUUUUGGCCUGCAGUAAAUUCACAUGUCGAUUGUAUUUGUCACAAUCAGCCCAAAGAGUUUGGUCAGGGCCCACAGCUUCUAAAGUCUGUAGGUCCUGAUGGCAGCCUGGCAAUUUCUUUGAUUUCAAACACUGGUUGCAGCCCCGCUAGACUAAUGCUGCGUCUCUGAAAAACAGUAUUUUCAAAGAAACAAACAACUAAAUUAAAUUAAAUGGAGCCCCAGUGAGAUUCCUGAACCUGAGGAAAAUCUAGACUUGCUUCAUUUAAGGCUAUAGCAUUACAGAAAAGGCUGGGCGGAAGGGAAAAAACUAUGGUUCAUGGAGUGUGAGACAGACUAAAUAGCCUCCAGCCGGGGUCAUCGUCCCGAGGCAAGGGAGUUAAAUGGCAGGUGUGGAUGCCAUUGGUAUCCAACAAGUCCACAGCUCAUUUCGGACUAUUGGCUAUGCAAAAAAACAAGAUUUGGGGAUAAAACAACUGAUAGGUCUAGAUUGUUCCUAGUCUCGGACUAGUGGCCGUGUCUAUCCCUGCCCUGCAGUAGGAAGUGACUUGUUGGGGGUCACAGUCAGCGUCUUGUUACACCAGCGCUGCACUGAAUAUAUUGUAUUCAUUGUCAUUGUACAAUCACCUCUCAUGUCAUGUGCAAAAUAAAUAUUUUAUUUUGUAGAA